AUGCCAGCAAGAAAGAAGACUGGUGGUGAUAGCAAUGGCGGUGGGAGUGGUAACACAUCAGACGCGUCCAAAUACGAUGAUGAUGCAUACCGACAAAAGAGACAGAGAAACAAUAAUGCGGUGAAGAAAACAAGACAAAAAUCUAAAGAAACUGCAACCGAGCGUAAACGUAAUGUGGAGCGGCUUAAGCAUGAUAAUAUCAAGUUGGAAGCUUCCAUUAAAGAAAUGAAGGAACAUGUGGAAACAUUAAAAAAUUUGUUGUUGAACAACGUGCAAAAAGGCGAGCAGGAAGCUGUGCUGCAACGGAUACUAAAUGAACCUUCGGACGAUGAGGGCGACAAUUUUGAUGGCACAUAAGUAAACGGAAUUUCUUAUUCUAAAAUAAUAGCAAGCUAUGAUUUGCUAUUGCAAACAAAUGUUAAAGUGCACCAUUAUAUUUAACGGAUAGGAUUGAAAUAUGCAGAAGUAAAAAACAAUGUGAAUUAAGAAUUAGUGUGAUUUUAGAGUUAGGUGAAGCAAUACACUAAAGAACCAAAAUUAAUGUUUUAUAUAGGUUUUCGUGUUAAACAUAUUACUGUUGGAAUAAAAACAAAACUAGACAUAAGGAUUUAAACAAAAAAUCCAUUAGAAGUAAGAGAAGUGAUACAUUGUAAUGUGAAAUAUUGUAAAUACUAAUAAUAAUAAAGUUCAUCAAACAAGAAAUUCAAAAUUCGA